AUGGUCCCACAAAGUCAUAUCGACUCUGCACAAGCCUACCGGAACGAGGCCCAUGUUGCUGAGGCAGUUCGUGAAUCGGGAAUAGAUAGAAACGAGGUGUUCAUCACCACCAAGGUUAUUUCAAAAUUUCACGGUUAUGAUAGGACUGUCAAAGCGAUCGAAGCAUCGCUGGACAGUAUGAAAUUUGACUACAUUGACCUCUUCUUGAUACAUGAUCCGCAUGCUGGUAAAGUGAAACGCCUCGAGACCUACAAGGCUCUUCUUGAAGCCAAAGCUGCGGGGAAGAUCAGGAGCGUUGGAGUAUCGAACUAUGGAAUCCAUCAUCUGGAAGAAAUCGUCGAAGCUGGCUUGGAAACACCUUCAGUCAAUCAAAUUGAGCAACGUCCGAUCGUGGAGUACUGCAAGAAGCAUGAUAUCGUCGUGCAGGCGUACAGUCCUUUGAUCAGGAGCGAUCUCGGUCACCCGGUCUUCAAGGAGUUAGCGGCCAAGUACGGCAAUCGCGAUCCUGCACAGAUUGUACUCCGGUGGUCCCUUCAGAAAGGAUUCGUUCCCCUCCCAAAGAGUGCCAAUCCCGACAGGAUCAAAUCGAACACCCUUCUUUACGACUUUGCCUUGAGUGACGAAGACAUGGCUAAGUUAGACGCCCUGGACAAGGGGAAGGAGGGCGCUGUCACCUGGAACUGCGUCGACGUACCUUGA